AUGGAAAUCUUGAUUUUGUUUUUACUUUUUUAUAACCUUUUGCAAAAGGUAUUAACAAGCAAAGAGCUCAUCUCAUUAGGCAAGUCCAGAUUAAUAAGAAUGCCUAGAAGAGGGUUGAUUCUUCAGACCCGGACCCACUGGCUACUGUUGGGUCUUGCUUUACUCUGCAGUUUGAUAUUAUUUUUAUACCUUCUGGAAUGUGCCCCCCAGACUGAUGGAAAUGCAUCUCUUCCUGGUAUCAUUGGGGAAAAUUAUGGUAAAGAGUAUUAUCAAGCCCUCCUACAGGAGCAAGAAGAACAUUAUCAAACCAGAGCAACCAGUCUGAAACGCCAAAUUGCCCAACUGAAACAAGAACUACAAGAAAUGAGUGAGAAGAUGAGAUCUUUACAAGAGAGAAAGAAUGUAGGGGCUAAUGGCAUAAGCUAUCAAAGCAACAAAGAACAAGCACCUAGUGACCUUUUAGAGUUUCUUCAUUCACAAAUUGACAAAGCUGAAGUUAGCAUAGGAGCCAAACUACCUAGUGAGUAUGGAGUCAUUCCCUUCGAAAGUUUUACCUUAAUGAAGGUAUUCCAGUUGGAAAUGGGUCUCACUCGCCAUCCUGAGGAAAAGCCAGUUAGAAAAGAUAAGCGAGAUGAAUUGGUGGAAGUUAUUGAAGCUGGCUUGGAGGUCAUUAAUAAUCCUGAUGAAGAUGAUGAACAGGAAGAUGAGGAUGGUCCCCUUGGAGAGAAACUGAUAUUUAAUGAAAAUGACUUCAUAGAAGGUUAUUAUCGCACUGAGAAAGAUAAGGGCACACAGUAUGAACUCUUUUUUAAGAAAGCAGACCUUAUGGAAUACAGACACGUGACUCUCUUCCGCCCUUUUGGACCUCUCAUGAAAGUGAAGAGUGAGAUGAUUGACAUUACUAGAUCAGUUAUUAAUAUCAUCGUGCCACUUGCUGGAAGAACUGAAGCAUUUGCACAGUUUAUGCAGAACUUCAGGGAUGUAUGUAUUCAUCAGGACAAGAGAAUUCAUCUCACAGUGGUGUAUUUUGGUAAAGAAGGACUUUCUAAAGUCAAGUCUAUCCUAGAAUCUGUCGCAAGAUUGGCUCCUUCCACAUGUGAGGUAUAUGGCUGUUGGCGGCUCUGGGCUCACAUCUUCUCAGCUUUGCUGUCAGAGAGGAAAGAGCUUUCUCCCAGUGAGUCUAAUUUUCACAAUUACACCUUGGUCUCACUGAAUGAAGAAUUUAAUCGUGGACGAGGACUAAACGUGGGUGCCCGAGCCUGGGACAAGGGAGAAGUCUUGAUGUUUUUCUGUGAUGUCGAUAUAUAUUUCUCAGCCGAAUUCCUUAACAGCUGCCGAUUAAAUGCUGAGCCAGGUAAGAAGGUGUUUUACCCUGUGGUGUUCAGUCUUUACAACCCUGCCAUCGUUUAUGCCAACCUGGAUGUGCCCCCACCUGUGGAACAGCAGCUGGUUCACAAAAAGGAUUCUGGCUUUUGGCGAGAUUUUGGAUUUGGAAUGACUUGUCAGUACCAAUCAGAUUUCCUGACCAUUGGUGGAUUUGACAUGGAAGUAAAAGGUUGGGGUGGAGAAGAUGUUCAUCUGUAUCGAAAAUACUUACACAGUGACCUGAUUGUGAUUCGGACUCCGGUUCCUGGUCUUUUCCACCUCUGGCAUGAGAAGCGCUGUGCUGAUGAGUUGACCCCUGAGCAGUACCGCAUGUGCAUCCAGUCCAAAGCCAUGAAUGAGGCCUCACACUCGCACCUGGGAAUGCUGGUCUUCAGGGAGGAGAUAGAGACGCAUCUUCACAAACAGGCAUACAGGACAAAUAGCGAAGCUGUGGGUUAAUGUGAUCGUUGACACAUUCAUCUGAACCACAAACCAGCACUAUUUGUUUAGCCUUAAUUCCAAUUCCAGAUGCAGUGCCUCUUUCAGGAAGACAUGCUUUUGUGUUCUUGCUGAUGUUACUUCAGCAGUUUAACUUGGUGUGAGAAGAAAAAGCAGCGUUGCAAUGCACAGUCUCUUUUUCUGAGCAUACCUCACUAUGGAUCAUUGACAAAUCAAAAUCUGGUAUUUGUUCUAAGAGUAGUCUUGAGUUAAUUUCUGCCUGGCUUCAUGUGCUGAUGUGUAUCCUGGUUGCAUCUGGGCUGAGGGGUGGAAUGUGUUGUGCUCAAGGUAGGUUGGAGCAUCCUGUUCCUUUAGAGAAGAUGGAGUGUUAUGGAUGGAGUGUGUCAGCAAGGGUUCUUCACCUGCUGACCACUGAGUCAACCUGCUUGGUUUUAAGUGAAGAUCUUUGGUCAUUUGCUUAAAAAAUCCUUUUUCACUGAAGCGAAGGAUAACUAAAUGACAUAUCUAAAAUUCCCAACUAAUGAAGAGGAGGCAGAGAUAAAAAUUCCUCAGCUUUGCCUAGCCCCCUGAAUGUCUAUUUUUAAACAAAUGUGUAAUAAUAGAAAAUACUAAGGAUAGAAUCUAUGACUUGAUUAAAACUAUAAUGUGUUACUAAUUUAUCAUCGUGUUCAGGAUUAGGAUUCAGAGUUGCUAUAGGCUGUUCUGAACAAACAAAUAAAUAAGGAAACACCUUAAACGUAACAGUUAAUUAUGCUGGAGUCCAGGACACUAGGGGUGUCUGGGAACAUCAGUUUACAUGAGCCAGGGCUCUAGCAGGGCCCUGUGGUUCAGAAUAGAUGAACAUAGCAUAGUGUUGUGUGUUUUUUGCUUUGUGUUGUCUCAUUUAGCAUGGAUCCAUAUGUUUGUAUUACCCUUCUUGUCUUACAUGUUAAUUAUGCUACAUCUGUAUUUACAUUAUUAUAAUACUUUGAGUUGAGGGGAAGUUUCACUGAGAGGAGAAAACCAAACAAUUUAGUGAGGUAUGCCAUAAGAUCAUACUGAUUCAAGGAAAGGGGCAGAGCAGAACAUUGUCUAAAUGGAAAUCUGAAUUAUAGAGUAUUUUAGGGAAAUAUAUAACUUGCAGAUAGAAUGAUAUUUUAAUUGAGGUAUAAAUUAUAUUAAUGAGACAAGAUGAGUAAGCAGUUAUAUUCAGAUAGGACUGUACUGUGCUGUUUAUCACACAUGGAUCUUUUGCCAUAGGGUCAAUCGCUAUAUCCACAAAUUGGAGAUGUGGUGAAAGGCAUGCAUAGAUUUUUGAACUUUUGGCUUUUAAAAGGGACCUAUAUGGAAUUCUUUCUAUUGUAUAUAAAACCCUGAAAAUUCAUGGAAGACAAAUCAUUAUUCUUUUUGCUGCGUAUAUCAUAUCAUCUGAAAUAUUAUAAGUCCCAAACUUCUUGGUGCUACAUGAAUUCAAUUUUACAAUAACUCUUACUGAAUAUUCUUUUAAGUAUUAAGUUGGGAUAGCAUUUAGGCUUGGUUUUUUAAGAUGUGUAAAAUGUUCUCUGCAAAAUUGUUCAGGUCAUUGUCUCCUUUUAUAUACAGUUAUUUAUUGUAAAGACCAGUGAAUUAAGAUAUUUAAAGUGAGAGAACCUAAUUAUUUACAGAAGUGAGUUGUAGCUUGUUUUUUGACAGAACCAAAUGAAUUUUUUCUUUUUUUAUAAAACAAGCUUUUAAUUUAAAGAUGGAAGCUAAGCGAUGGAAACAUUACUAUGUUUUUGAUAGUAAGAGGUACCAAUAAAGUAUUUUAUUACCAAAAGUUAAAUGAAAAUGUGAUAAGCUAAUUUCUUUCUGUUGAAAAGUAUCAAAUACAGAAAAUUGCAUGACAUGUAAUUGUGUGCUGUAAAGAACAGUGACGCCAACACCAGUGUAGCAGCUAUUCAGAGUAGAAGCUCGAACUUCGUUGGUGAAAGGUCUCUGUGUGCACUUUCUUAAUCACAUACCUUCACUCUGUCCAUAUUAGUCACUAUCCUGAUGAUUUUUGUGACAAUUUUUCACUUAUUUUUCCUCACUGUUUUCCCAACCAUGUAUGUAUAUCUACACAAUAGACUAUUUUGUCUGUUUUGAAUUAAUAUGUGUAUUAUUUCAUCAUAUAUUCUCUAACCGUGGUUUUUUUUUGUUGUUCACUCACGUUAAUCUCAAAAUUAAUUCAUUUUAAUUACUGAUUAGUAUUCCACUAAAUGAAUAUACUGCAAUAUUCUUUCUGCUCUUUACAGAUAUUGGAUCACUCAGUUUUUUUGUUGUUUGUUUCCUUAUUUGCUUUUGCUGUCACAAGCAAUGUUGCCAUGAAUAUCGCUGUGCGUGUCUCUUACAAGCAUUUGAGAACUUCUGUAGGAGUAAUGAUGCUAAGUCACCAGUGUGUGUAUAUUCAACUUACUUCCCAAAGUGGACCACUUCCAGCCCUGUAAGAGAUUCACUUUGCAUCCCUGGCAAUACUUAAUUAUGUCAGACUUUUUAAUUCUUGCUAAUCUAGUGGGCUUUAGGCAUGAAUCGUAGUUAUAAUUUUCAUUUCCAGUCUUUUUGCCAUUAUUUUAAAUUCAUAGGAAUUUUUCAAAUAUUCUGAGUACCAAUUCUUACUGGUUAAAUGUUUGCAAAUAUCUUCCCUGGGAUGUGGCUUGUCCUUUCCCAUUCUUGAUGGUACUUUUUGAUGAAUAAAAAUUAAUGUGUUUAGUUAAUCUUUUUUCCUUUAUGUAUUAUUUUUAUUAUUAAUUUUUGACAUCAUAAUGGAGAAAAGUAUCUUAAAGCUGUUGUUCUGUAUUAUCUUCUGAAUACCUCAUACAUGGCUUUGUUCUUAAGGAUUGUCAUGGUUAUUUGUAACCUUUAUACUUUUCAUAAAAGUUUUAGAAUAAGCUUGUUAA